GACUUUAGUUUCAUUUCUUUCUUCUGCUCUCAGCGAUGGCGUCUGCUGAUCUGAGGAAGGAGCUGGAAUGUUCCGUCUGUCUGAACAUUUAUACAGAUCCUGUGACCCUGAAAUGUGGUCACAACUUUUGCCGGGACUGUAUUGGUCGUGUGUGGGAUACACAGGAGGGGUCUGGAGGUUAUUCCUGUCCUGAAUGUAGAGAAGAGUUCCAGGAUCGGCCUGCAGUGCACAGGAACAUAACACUACGUAACAUAGUGGAGAAUUUCCUGUCCACCCAUCCAGAUCAGGAGGAGUCCGGGGUCUUCUGUACUUACUGUAUUCACACUCCUGUACCUGCUGUCAUAUCCUGUCUGCAUUGUGAAGCUUCUCUGUGUGACAAUCACCUGAGAGUCCACAGCAAGUCACCAGAACACGUCUUAUGUGACCCCCCCACCACUUCCCUGGAGAACAGGAAAUGCUCCGUCCAUAAGAAGAUCCUGGAGUAUUAUUGCACUGAGGACUCCUCCUGUAUCUGUGUGUCUUGUUGUCUGAUUGGAGAUCACAUCAACCAUAAGAGGCAAUCAUUGGACGAGGCGUCUGAGAUGAAGAAGAAGAAACUGAGGAAUGUUCUGCAGAAACUGAUGACAGAGAGAGAAGAGAUGGAGAAAAGAGUCCAGAGUCUGGAGGAGCACAGGAGGAAAGUACAAGGAAAAGCAGAUGAUGAAACAGAGAGAGUCACUGUCCUGUUCAGAGACCUCAGGAGACGUCUGGAAGACCUGGAGAAGAGAGUCCUGAGGGACAUCUCCGGGCAGGCAGAGCGGAUCUCCGUGUUAAUCAAUGAUCUGCUCCAGGAUCUGGAAAUAAAGAAGGAGGAGCUGUCCAGGAAGAUGGUGGACAUUGAGGAGCUGUGUAACAUGACGGAUCCACUGACUGUCCUCCAGGAAUCAGACACAGGUGACUUGUGUGAUACUGAGGAUGAUGAGGAGGACAGAGAGAGACGUGAUAAUCUCCUCCAUGAUGGAGGGGAUCUGGAUGUGGCGGGGAUCUCACACACAUUACACACAGGUUUAUCUGAUAUCAUGUCUGGGGGAAAUGUAGAGAAAUGUACAGGCACACAUGUCUAUCCACACUCUACUACAGGGGGCAAAGGUCACACCAAUGCUGAACCAUCCAGACCACACCCCCAACCCUCUCCCACCAUACAACCAUCCAGGCCACACCCCCAACCCUCCCCCACCAUACAACCAUCCAGGCCACACCCCCAACCCUCCACCACCAUACAACCAUCCAGGCCACACACCCAACCCUCCCCCACUAUACAACCAUCCAGGCCACACCCCCAACCCUCCCCCACCAUACAACCAUCCAGACCACACCCCAAACCCUCCCCCACCAUACAACACUCACACCUCCAGGCUGGAGGACCAAAUAUUGGGGCUGUACAGCAAACAUCGGGGGUGUCGGGGGUUACAGACAUAUUACUGGAUGUGAGGACAGCUGCUAAUAAUCUCCAUAUAUCAGAUGACAGGAAAACUGCAACCUGGUCAUUAUCAUAUCAGAAUCGCCCAGAAACACCAGAGAGAUUUCAGGAUUGUCAGGUGAUGAGCAGUCAGAGGUUCUCCUCAGGGAGACAUUACUGGGAAGUGGAUGUCGGGGGGUCGGUGGUCUGUAGAGUCGGGAUGUGUUACCCCAGUAUAGACAGGAGAGGAGAUCAGUCACGGAUUGGAUAUAAUAAGAAGUCCUGGGGAUUGGAGAGGGGGUUGUGGGGUAAUAUGUACUCAGUGACACAUGACAGUAAUAAGAUCCCAUUACCCGGCGGUGUCUCCAGUGAGAGAGUCAGGAUAGAUCUGGAUUAUGAGGCCGGGCGGAUCUCCUUUUAUGAUCUGUGUGACCCGAUCCGACAUCUCCACACCUUCACCACCACCACCUUCACUGAGCCCCUCCAUGCUGGGGUAUGGGUAGGGGAAUGUGGAGGUUGUAUAAAGAUAUGUGGGGGGAAUCAGAAGUGAGAGAUCUGCCCGGAGACAUCACAAGGGGGAUUAUCUGAUUGGUGAUUGGUGCAAUACUCAUCCAAUAGGAGGAAGCAGAGGACAGGAAACAUGACUGAUUUAUUUAUAAAGCUGCAGGUUCCGGGGCCGUCAUCUUCAUCCUAAACCUCACUUCACUACCUAGUGUGUCACUGACCAGGAACAAGCAUGCAGGAGGGCAGAUUGUUCAGCCUUCACUGGCUGCAUGCUUGUUCUGGGUCAGUGACACACUACAUAGUGUAGCCAGGAUCAGGAGGACGGCCCUGGGGUCUCCACCAUCACUGUGUAUCUAUAGAAGAAAGGGUUCUUAGCUUUGGAUGGAGUGGGGGAGGAUUAGAACCUCUGUCAGAUUUAUUUCCUGCUAUCUGGGGCUCCUUUAUAGAGAUUCCCCCUCACUUCCUGUCCUGAUGACAACAUUUCACCAGACAGGAAGUGAGGGGAACUCUCCAACAGCAACACAG